UCUACUGCUACUGUUAUAUACCUAUUUGUGCCUCGGUGUUUCUGGUACUUCCAAGGAUUGUUCUUAAUUGUCGUUCCCUUCCCUUCUCGUCGUCAACUCCACACUGGCUUCGAUCAUCCCGCCCACAGCCCGCUGCGAUUCGGCCCGUGUUCCAGACUAUGCCGUUCGUUCUAUCCAGUUGUUAAACCACGGGAUAUCUCAGGGUGAUAUCAGUCGCUCGCAAAGAUGACCCUCCUUCCUCGCCACCCACCGCACCCCAACGUGCUUGAUAUCCCAACACCACCACUACAACAAGCCGGUCUCUUCAUUAUUUUCUUCUUCACAGCUAUCGCCUUCGUUGCCUUCCUGCUCCGGCUCUUUUCCCGGCACAAAACUGGACAAUGGGGUCUCGACGAUGCUAUGGUGGGCUGUGCCAUGCUGUUCUCGCUCCUGAUGAUUGGGCCUUUCUAUAUGUACAUCAAACUCGGAUACUUUGGCUGGAGACAAGAAGACGUCCCACCAACAUAUGAUCCAACGCCGGCAUUUUGGUGGUUCUUCCUAGCACAAUUGUUUUACAACCCUAUCUUGGCCUUCGUCAAGGCUUCGGUACUCCUGUUCCUGCUGAGACUCGGUGGUCAGAAGCCUGGCGUUAGAAUGGUCAUCUACGUCCUCAAUACCUUCAACGCUCUGCAGGCUAUCGCCAUCUUCCUGGUUGCACUGCUCCAGUGCUUGCCGAUCGAGGCCAACUGGGACUUCGCCCUGAAGGCUGACCCCAACACCCGGUGUAUCGACAACAGCUUCCACGUCAUUGCGUCCUGCUUGACACUGCUCACUGACAUCUUGGUUGUUGUCAUUCCAUUUUGGAUUUUCUUGGGCCUCAAGAUGAAGAAGGCGGCCAAGGUUGCUGUCUUGGGUAUCUUCCUGCUCGGUCUUGCUGUCACCAUUAUCGGCGCGGUCCGACUCAACGGCAUCAUCAAGCUCUUUUACAGCACGCCCGACGGCAAGGAUCCAUUCCACGACGUGACCGUCACCCUCUCUGUUGUCGAAGCCAACAUCGCCAUCGUGUCUGCCUGCGCGCCAGCCCUGCGACCGCUGUUCCGCAUGUGGAUGCCCGUCCUCUUCGGCGGCACCACCGAGCGCUACGGCAACAAGUACACACCCAACAGCAAGCUGCCUUACUACGCCGACCAGAGCAACACCAAGGGCGGCAACGGCACCGGCAUGCGCGCGGACGACGUCACGCUCAAGAGCAUCAAGGCGACGAGGAACCGCGACGGGCACACCGAGUGCCGGAGCGCCAGCCCGAGCGGGAGCGAGGAGGAGAUCAUGACGUACAAUGGCAUUAUGCGGACGACAGAUGUCAGGGUACAGUACGACGGCGCGAGCGGGUUUGCGGUGUCAACAGGGGACAAGAGCAGGCCGAGUGUAGACUCCAAGGGGGUGGACUUUGUUGUUGCUGUUGAGGAGAAGAGGACAGUGUAAUGGCACGAAUUUGGGAAUCAACAACAAUGUCAAAAAAAAGGUGGUCAAAAAGGUGGUUGGUGGGAAUUUUCGACGGGACACUUUAGGGGCGCACCCCCCUAAU